AUGUUUACAGUCGCAAAACCAGGCGACGCGCCGACGCUGUCAUCAAAAUGGUAUAUUAUGUUUGGAAAAUAUUCAAUCACGACAAAGGCCGCGCCUGGGACUGGAAUCGUGAGCUCAGCAGUUCUACAAUCAGAUGAUCUGGACGAAAUUGAUUGGGAGUGGCUGGGAGGCGCAGUCGCCGAAGUGCAAUCAAACUACUUCGGAAAAGGACAAACUACGACAUACGACCGAGCAGCUAUCCACGCGGUGGCCAACACUCAGGCCGAAUUUCACACAUACACCACCGAAUGGACAGAAAACCAGAUCGUCUGGUCAAUCGACAACAAGGUCAUUCGUGUGCUCAACGCCGGACAAGCCGGUGGCCAAUAUCCACAAACGCCAAUGCAGCUGAAGAUUGGAGCGUGGGCUGGGGGUGAUUCGAGCAACUCUCAAGGCACCAUCGACUGGGCAGGUGGUCCAACAAGUUACGGUGCUGGACCGUUCACCAUGUAUGUGAGCUCCGUUUCAAUCGUCGAUUACUCUACGGGAACAUCCUACAGCUACGGCGACCAGAGCGGUUCAUGGGAAAGCAUCGUUGCAGCGGGCGGAGCAGUCAAUGGAAACAGCGGAGGAAGUGUGACAGUCACCGACGCCCCGGCCAUCACUUCCACUACCAGCGGAAAUGUUGCCUGGGACGGAACCCAUCGGACUAACACGGCGACUGUAUCGUACACAACCCUGCCUGGUCUACCAUCUGGGUGGUCUAUCAGUGCCUCGGGAAAGGUCGUUCCGUCCUCGGCGACCACUGUGAUUGCCAGCAUACCCAUCAACCUCACCUAUGCCCUCGCCGGUUUCUGUCUCCUCGCCGGCAGCUUCUUGCACGGGUUCAGAUUCUAA